CAGGACACACCCACCUGGGGGCGGGACCGUGUCUGCUGUAGCUGGAGGCAACCCUCAGAACCUCUCCUGUCCACCCUAAAAGCCACGUUAAAACCCCACGUGCUGAGUGCCACCUGCCUGAGCCUGCCACCAGGAGGGAACCAUCAUGACUGCUGCGGUCCUGGAGAACCGAGUUCCAGGCAGAAAACUCUCUGACUUUGGACAGGAAACAAGCUACAUUGAAGAAAAUUCCAUUCAAAAUGGUGCUGUAUCUCUGAUAUUCUCGCUCAAAGAAGAAGUUGGUGCAUUAGCCAAGGUCCUGCGCUUAUUUGAGGAGAAUGACAUCAACCUGACCCACAUUGAAUCCAGACCAUCUCGUUUAAACAAAGAUGAGUAUGAGUUUUUCACGUACUUGGAUAAGCGUAGCAUGCCUGCUUUGGCCAGCAUCAUCAAGAGUCUGAGGCAAGACAUCGGUGCCACUGUCCAUGAGCUUUCCCGAGAUAAGGAGAAGGACACAGUGCCCUGGUUCCCACGGACCAUUCAAGAGCUGGACAGAUUUGCCAAUCAGAUUCUCAGCUAUGGAGCAGAAUUGGAUGCAGACCACCCAGGUUUUAAAGAUCCAGUGUACAGGGAGAGACGGAAGCAGUUUGCUGACAUUGCCUACAAUUACCGCCAUGGGCAGCCCAUCCCUCGGGUGGAGUACACAGAGGAUGAGAAGAGGACGUGGGGGACCGUGUUCAGGACCCUGAAGUCCUUGUACAAAACCCAUGCCUGCUAUGAGCACAAUCACAUUUUCCCACUUCUGGAAAAGUACUGUGGCUUCCGUGAAGAUAACAUUCCCCAGCUGGAAGAUGUCUCUCAGUUUCUUCAGACUUGUACUGGUUUCCGCCUCCGACCUGUGGCUGGCCUGCUGUCCUCUCGAGAUUUCUUGGGUGGCCUGGCCUUCCGAGUCUUCCACUGCACACAGUACAUCAGACAUGGAUCCAAACCCAUGUACACACCUGAACCUGACAUCUGCCAUGAGUUGUUGGGACAUGUGCCCUUGUUUUCAGAUCGCAGCUUUGCCCAAUUUUCCCAGGAAAUCGGCCUCGCCUCUCUGGGUGCACCUGAUGAGUACAUUGAGAAACUGGCCACAAUCUACUGGUUUACUGUGGAGUUUGGGCUCUGCAAGCAAGGAGAUUCCAUAAAAGCAUAUGGUGCUGGGCUCCUGUCAUCCUUUGGAGAAUUGCAGUACUGCUUGUCAGACAAGCCGAAGCUCCUACCUCUGGACCUGGAGAAGACAGCCGUCCAGGAGUACACCGUCACGGAGUUCCAGCCCCUGUACUAUGUGGCUGAGAGCUUCAAUGAUGCUAAGGAGAAAGUGAGGAACUUUGCCUCCACUAUCCCUCGACCUUUCUCAGUUCGCUAUGACCCGUACACCCAAAGGGUUGAGGUCGUGGACAAUACCCAGCAGCUGAAGAUUUUGGCUGACUCCAUCAACAGUGAAGUAGGAAUCCUUUGCAGUGCUCUCCAGAAAAUAAAAUCAUGAACAGAAAAUGAAGUCAUGGAACUUGGUUUGUCAACUGAAAAAGUCCAACUUCUUUCAUCUGAAAUACUCUGAAAUGAGAAACUUAAUUUGACAUGUCAGUUUAAUUCCUUUUGGUCACAGAAGGGAGAAUCACCAAAUAAUAAAAUAGUCUGAGGCGAGAGCAUAUGAAUCAGCUAAAGCAUA